UGAGUGAGUGAGUUUUAUCUCCUCUUCUUUUUCAGUUAUUCCUUUCCGAUCUAUAUUUAUUCUUUUCCUAUAAAUAUGCCAAGACGAUAAAUGGGUUAGCGACUUAUUAGCGGCAAAGAAGAAGAGGAGGGAAGUAGAAGGGCGAAAAAAGGAAAAAAGAAAACCAAAGGGAAGGAGUACUGGUCUCUCGGGGUCGAAAAAGGGGCGCAUCCAAAGUUAGGAAGAGCCGAAGGGAGCUCAUCUCCUUUCCGCAAAUUCACAUUUUAACCAAAAAGUAAAAGAAAAGAAGAUUGAUGCAAAAUCCUCCUUGCCCCCGCUCCAAACGUCAUUUCAAGGGGAGGGUAACGGAAAGGGAAAGGUAAUCCCAUCAUCUUCAUUAGGGGAACAUAAUAAUGCCAUUCUCUCUCAGGUUUUAUCUUGCAUCUCCCUGAUCUUGCUCUCAGUAGAGGGGAAGGACGAGGAUUUCAGUUCUAUAUACAUAUUAUAUAUAUGAUUGUAAGAGGUUUAUGGAGGGUGUCGAUGGGAAUUAGUUGGUGGGGCUGCGUUUUGCAUUUGAUAUUUGAGUGAACGCAGGUCUGUCUCGAGAGAUAAUUAAAUCUAUAGAAUAGAGAGAAUAAUGUACGAGCCUAUUAGAGGACGCGAUGAUCCUGAGUUACAGAACAAGUGUGCAGUGCACUCCUCGGCUAUUGAGGAGGAUGAAGAUGAUGUUGAAAUGGCCGUUCAUGCAAGAUCCAGGCCCGCCAUUCCUAAUGCCGCUGGUGGCUUCAAUAAGAUUCAAGAGGAAAGUUCCAAGCAAAAGCAACAACAACAACGUCUUGUCUCACUGGACGUUUUUCGCGGCAUCACUGUGGCGCUAAUGAUACUCGUGGAUGAUGCUGGUGGAAUCCUGCCUGCUAUUAAUCAUUCACCUUGGAAUGGUUUAACCCUUGCAGAUUUUGUCAUGCCAUUUUUCCUCUUUAUUGUUGGUAUUUCACUUGCACUUACCUACAAGAAAUUGUCAUGCAGAGCUGUUGCAACCAGAAAAGCAAUAUUACGGGCUUUGAAGCUUUUAACAUUAGGCAUUUUCCUUCAAGGUGGCUUUAUCCAUCGCAUAAACGAUUUAACUUAUGGAGUGGAUAUAAAAUAUAUGAGAUGGAUGGGUAUACUACAGAGAAUUGCAAUAGCAUAUCUGCUGGCAGCAUUGUCUGAGAUUUGGCUGAAGGGUGAUAAUAAUGUUAAUUCAGGAUCGUCUCUGCUCAGGAAGUAUCGAUUCCAGUGGGCUUUGGCUUUGAUGCUUACCACUCUAUAUCUUUCACUGUUAUAUGGCUUGUAUGUGCCUGAUUGGGACUUUCAGAUUCCAAUUGGAACUUCCUCUGCACCAAAAUUGUUUACAGUCAAAUGUGGAGUCCGUGGUGACACUGGUCCAGCUUGUAAUGCUGUUGGAAUGAUUGACCGUAAGAUAUUGGGUAUACAACAUUUAUAUAAAAGACCAGUCUAUGCAAGAACACAGCAAUGCAGUAUUAACUCCCCAGACUAUGGCCCAUUACCUUCCGAUGCUCCAUCAUGGUGUCAAGCCCCUUUUGAUCCUGAAGGACUUUUAAGUUCAGUGAUGGCCAUUGUUACCUGCUUGGUUGGUUUGCAUUAUGGGCACAUUAUUGUCCAUUAUAAGGAUCACAGAGAUAGGAUCCUUCACUGGAUGAUUACAACCUCUUGUCUCAUUAUCUUGGGCCUUGCCUUGGAUUCCUGUGGGAUGCAUUUAAACAAGGUUCUUUAUACAUUCAGCUACACGUGUUUCACUGCUGGUGUUGCUGGCAUUCUUUUUGCUGGAAUUUACUUGACGGUUGAUGUGUGUGGAUAUAGGCGCCCUACUGUGGUAAUGGAGUGGAUGGGGGUGCAUGCGCUGAUGAUUUAUAUCCUUGCAGCCUGCAACGUCGUGCCCAUUGUCCUCCUGGGAUUCUAUUGGAGGGAGCCUCAGAAUAAUUUUCUUAGGUUAAUUGGAGUUGGAACAUAAAAGCGUAGCAUUAAAGUUAUAGCGGGUUACACUUUUCCCGCAACUAUGCUGUCUGUGUCGAGGAAGUGGGGCCGGACUGCUGAACUACAUCUCGUUUAUUUUGGGUAGUUGCAGUUGGCGCUGAGAGAAUUUUGGAGUUUGGGUCUUUGAAAUUGGAGGCAAACUCUCUCUUUCUUUGAUGAAUACACACUCUCCAAUGGAGCUUCUGUAUAAAUAUGUAGGCAGAACCUCGAAACAAGAUAUAACUUUGUCUGAAGUUUCGUCAUAAGAUAGAUGCCUUGAUCUUUAUGAUGAUAAUUCUCAGUA